CACAAAAUAUAUAAAAUGGAAAUAAUAUACCGCAUUAUAAAGCUUAUCGCUAAGCGCUUCGGUAAAAAACUUUAUAAUAAUAUAAUAAGCAAGCGGAAAAUUAGCAAUUCAACGCUUGCUAUUAAAGCCCAGCUUUUUAAUACAAAGCCAAAGCGCAUCCUUUUUAACGCUAAAUUUGCCGUAAAGCACGGAAUUAAAGCAAUUAAAGCAAAUCGUUGCUUAAUUAGCACCUUUUUUACCACGCUUACAAAUAUUAAAACCAUUACGGCUAUAGCGGAAAGCGGUACGCUUUCUUUUGCAACCGAUAAAAACGAUUGGAACGGCCGAAACGGGCGCGGGCAAACUUUUAAAUACAAAUUGUAA